ACAUUACUAUUUUCUCUGGUUUCUGUGAACCCGCCAUUUUGUUUCAUGUGAUUGUCACGUUUCAGAAUUAGAUAACAUACAAUAAUAUUUCUUGUUCAAUUCAAUUUACAACAAUAAGUUGGUCUUUAUUUUAUACAAUUUCGAUUUAUAUUUCUUACUGCUUCCAUUUUGUAAUUUGCUGAAAUGAGUGACAUUUGAAGGACACUGCGCUUUUUUCGGUUACAUACCGAAAAAAUUUAUUUGUAACUACUACGCAAUAUGAAUUCGUGUCCGAAUACAUUGUGUAAUUUGUAGCAAUAUACUUUUUAUUGUAAAUUAAUAAAUGUUAAUUGGAGAGAGAGCUUCAAGAGUCAAAAGUAGACUUGUGAGUAAUGUAAUUAGGUCGAUAGUUGAAAUAUAUCUCUUUUAUCAGUUUUUGGAAAUUAUUUAUAGAAAAACUCAAUGAAAGAGAAAAUUAGAAAAGGCUCUUGAUCCUACUCAGGAUAUAAUCUUAUCAUAUGGGUAAUCAUAAAUAAUAAUAAUAAUAAUAAUAGUAGUGACGAUGAUGAUGAAGAUGAUAAUAUGAUUACAUAAUAAAAAUAAUAAUAGUAAUAUAUGUUGGAAGGUGGUAUGAAGGUAAUAUUUUGCAAACAUUUUCUCGUCUUAUCGAUAGGCAAUGUUAAACUCGUUAUGGUUUCGUGUACAUAAUCCAAUUUUUUGUAUAUAGUUUAUUACAAAAAUAUAUGGAUUACAUUAUUAAUCGAUAGUUAAUAUCAAUCGUAACAGAUAGACGUUAUCACCGAAGAGAUAUAUAUUUUUGCCGAAAUGUUUGAUCGGACUGUAAAAUGUGCACUAUGAUUACGUCAAUAAAGAAUCGAAGCUAACGAUGUGGUCGCUGUAUGCGUUCCCAAUAUUAUGGACAGUUUUGCACCCAUUCUUCGCUAUCUUCUGCGAGGCAGCAAUCUUUACUCCAUGGAACUCCACAAUGGAUAUACGUGAGGCACGUUACUUUAUGAAAUUAUCUGGUGCAAAAAUUGUCUUUGCGGACGAAAAUUCGGUAAAUACGAUACUGAAAGUGGUAAAACUCGAUAAUAAUGAUAUCAAGAUCGUCGUGUUUGGUAGAGCUCGAAAUGCUUUAUCUUUUCGGAUAUACUUAAAGGUUAUAUCAAGUUCGAUGUGGACAAUUUUCAAUGCACGAGUGUCGAUAGCAUUCACGAUAUAGCUGAACUUCUCUAUUCGUCUGGUACAACUAACCUUUCUAAAAGAAUUAGAAUCUCUCAUUUCUCUUUUUUAAGCAAUGAACUUUUAUCGGACGAUUUCAAUACAGAAGGAAUCCUAUUCUGGCUAUUACCAUACUUUUGGGUGUCUGGAGUUUUAUUAACGUUGAAUUCUAUUGUGAAUUAUUACAACAGACUGCUUUAUCCUACAUUCGAAGAGGAGAUGAUGUGUAAAAUCAUAGAAAUAUAAGAUAAAUCUAGAAACUAUAACGUAAUGCAAAAUUAUUAACGAAAAUACUUAAUAUUCCAUCUGAAGAUGGACAAUUUUUCAUAGAUUGCUAAUGAUAUAAAGUAAAAUAUCAGAUAUAAAAACCGCUUGAUUCAACAUUUAAAAUUUGGACUCUUCUUAAUAUGCAAUUCAUGUAUAUGUUAUCUGUGUUCAGGAUACUUCACUAUUAAUAUAUAUAUAUAUAUAUGGAAAUAUGUUUUGCAGGUUACAUGGAUGUUCUUAUCACGUAGCAUGGCGAAUAGAAUAUUAAAAUCAGGAUAUUGUAAGAAGUACGAUGUGUCUAGUAUUUCAAAAUUGAAUCUUAGUGGUGCUAUAUUUACAAGCAAAAAAUCAAAUUAAGCUUAAAGAAUGUUUUCCAAGUGCUGACAUUAUAUAAAUUCUUAGUAAGCCGACGAAAAUUUCUUGGAACCUUUUGUCGUAAACGAAGUUGUUAAUCGAAUCAUUUAAAUUUUCUUAGAAAUGA